GAAACAGGAGCAGAUCUGAAGAAAUGGAGCUUUCAUUGCCACUGCUAUUAUUCUGUGAAAUAGGAUGAGCUAGUCCUGCUUCUGGCUACAGCGCGGAAUCAACGCUGGUGACCAAGAUGAGACACAUCUGGAGCAAAGAAGAAGAAGAAAAAAACAGUGGGGGAGAAGAAAAGUGGGAUUGUUGGGCAGGGUGAGUCUCAGUGCUCAGAGCUUUUACAACAUGGACCAUGAACACCAGAUAUUAGACUGGCGAUAAUCACCAUCCUUCUCUCUGAUGUGGUUGGGAACACAAAUGAAAUAUGGCUCUCCUCAGAAAAAUUAACCGGGUCAUCCUUGUGCUGCUGGUGCUGGUGUUGUGUCUCCUCCUGCACAGCACACUGUUCAGAGCCUCUACUCAGCCCAGACUCUCAGAUCACAGGAAGACCCUUGUAAGUGCAGCCCGAGUUCCUGCAGUGACAGUGUCAGAGGCGGAUAAUGUCGUUCCUGUCAUCAUCUGUGCAUCAGAGGAACGUGUGGGCGCAACCAUGGCAACUAUCAACAGCAUCCACAGCAACACAGAUGCCAGUGUUUUCUUCUAUGUUGUUACCCUUCGUGAUGCUGUAACACUGACAAAACAGUACAUUGAGAAGUCUACACUGAAGGGCAUCAAGUAUAAGAUAGUGGAAUUUAACCCCAUGGUUUUACAAGGAAAAGUGAAGCCAGAUUCCUCUCGACCUGAUCUGUUACAUCCACUCAACUUUGUGCGCUUUUACUUACCUCUGCUUGGCAUCAACUAUAAGAGGGUGAUAUACUUAGACGAUGACAUCAUUAUGCAGGGAGACAUCAAGGAUCUGUUUAAUAUCGAACUGAAGCCAGGACAUGCCGCUGCAUUUGCCACUGACUGUGACCUGCCCUCCACACAUGAGAUGGUGCGCAGCAUCGGCAUGCAGACAACCUACAUGGGCUUCCUGGACUACAGGAAACAGGAAGUUCAAGACUUGGGCAUUAACCCCAGAGACUGCUCUUUCAACCCUGGAGUCUUUGUGGCAGAUAUUAGGGAGUGGAAGAAGCAAAAGAUCACCAAACAGCUGGAGAAAUGGAUGGAGGAGAAUUUCAGGCAGAACAUAUACAGCAGUGCCAUGGCAGGAGGCGUGGCGACUCCACCCAUGCUAAUAGUUUUUCAUGACAAAUACACAACACUUGACCCACUGUGGCAUGUCAGACACCUUGGCUGGAGUCCAGAUGCCCGCUACUCAGACAGCUUCCUACAGGAGGCACAUUUGCUGCACUGGAAUGGUCCAUUCAAACCUUGGAGCUACCCUGCUGUUCACUCGGAUCUGUGGGAGAGGUGGUUCAUCCCAGACCCCUCCGGAAGAUUCUCCUUGGUACGACCUGACAGCGAGAGCUGAGAUGUGUGGAACAUAUCUGAGCCACAGUAAGACAGGAAGCAUGUUCAGGACUUGGACAAUGGACAGUGAUGGGAGGUAUCAUAGGACACAUAUAGAGAAUGUAAUACAGAGGAAUGAAAUGUAUGAGAAACAGUGUUGGUAUAGUGGAAGCUCAGUGUGUAUGCUAAAUGGAAAAAUGUGACCAAUCUGCUAUCUAAAGUAGUCUGUAUUCUGGUGAAAGUAAAAAGCUCACAUUGACAAGAUGUUUGUGUUUUUGUCAAAUAUGUUUCCCUGCUAACAUAAAUAUAAUUUUUG